GUUCUCCUUCCUCGUAUUUCUUCGCGGUUGAAUCGCCAAUGGAGGGAAUCACCGACGAGCCACAGCGGCAGAGAUUUGAGCAGGGCUACAGGCUCGUCGCUGGCUGCAUACCAUAUCGGCUCAAGAAAGGAGGCUCCACUCCCCACGCUGUUGUUGACAAUGUCCGAAUUCUCAUGAUCAGUUCGCUCAAUGGCCAUGGCCUCGUCUUUCCAAAGGGAGGCUGGGAGUUUGAUGAGACUGUCGAGGACGCAGCAUGCCGAGAGGCUGCCGAAGAAGCCGGCGUUCGAGGCCAGAUCAAGGAAGAGCUCGGUCACUGGAUCUUUGCGAGCAAACGCCACGACAUGGUGUGCACCAAAGGCAACUGCAAGGCAUACAUGUUUGCAUUAGAAGUGACUCAAGAGCUCGAGACCUGGCCCGAGCAGGAGGCUCGACGUCGUCAAUGGUUCACAAUUGCCACCGCCAUUGAGAAAGUCCGUCACGCUUGGAUGCGCGAAGCUCUGGAGAAGUGCCGGGAGUAUUUGCAACAGCAAAUCCGCGAUCAACUGCAACCGACCCCGACAGAACGGGACGCCUCUAACAAGUGUAACAUAAUGGAGCGUCUCAAGCAGGCAGGACACCCAGAUCCUAUGCUGGAUCUUGUGGAAGUUGUAGCAUGCAUUGUCAACUAACGAACGUUUGAGAAGAAGAAGGUCACCCCCUUCCCCCCUUUUUUUUCUCCAAGAUGGAUCGAUAAACUCAAGACAAUAAGAUGGAUCACAGGCAUGCAA